AUGACUGAAAAGUUGACCGUAAAUUUGGCUGGAAACAUAGUUCCUGAACGCAUUGGUGAUAUUUCAGUUCUGCUAAUCGAUAAUGACACUACAUCAAUUGAAUUUCUCACUUCAAUGCUUAAGCAAUUUUCGUAUAAAGUGAUGAGCUUGAACAAGGCAAGUGAGGCUUUAUCGAUGAUCGAAAAGCAAAAGGAUACUGGACUUGUGAUAGCCAACAUUGAAAUGCCUCAUAUAGAUUCACAUUCCUUUCUCACUGCUUUGCUUCACAAAAAAAUUCCUCUUAUACUGAUAAGUCCAGAAAUAAAUACCAAGGAAACAUCAGAUCUUUUGACAAAAAGUGCACGUUUUUGUCUAACGAAGCCGAUUUCUGAAAACGACAUCGAAAACCUAUGGCAGCAUGUGGUACCUAAGAAGAGCCAAGAGUUAAAGAAAAUCAACAUCGCUGAACAACAAGAGAAAGUUGUGGAGAAAAAUAUACUAAAUCAGAUUGAAUCUCUUAGAGAAACCAUAAAGAGGCAGAGAACAAGUCAGUCAUCUUUGUUAGGAAGACGACCCUUCGUCAAAACAUUUACAACCCCUGAAACAUACCAAAAGAGAAAAGGCAAAGCAAUUGAUGAAGGAAAAACUAAACCGGUUUAUCCCACUGAGGCUGAGAACAAGAGAGAGGAAGGAAUAAAUAUGGAGAGUAAUAUUGGAAGACGAUGCAAUGUAUUGACUCAGGAGCGCCAAAUGAUAUUUUUAACAGCUAUAUCCAUAUUGGGUGCAAAAGAUUCUUGUCCUAAAUCCAUAUUGAGCAUUAUGAAUGACUCAGACUUGAAUCUUUGCCAAGUCGGUAGCCACCUUCAGAAAUACAAAGCACAAGUUAAGCUAAUGAACCAUUCGUUGUCGAGGAAUGAAUGGAGGUCAACAGAUAAGACAUUCAACUACCCUUCAGACUAUGAAUAUCCUUUCAAUGCAUCCAACUUAGCAAAGAAUAUCGUUGAAAGUAACACAAAGUGGUAUUCUCUGAAAAAGAAGGAAGCAUCCUCCUGAUCCAUCGACCAAUAUUCAUUCAAAAAAUCUGCUGAAAAGGGCAAAGCGAAGAUGGUGCCCAAGUUUCAUCUAGGUGGAAAAUUGGAUCUGAGUAAACACUCACUUUUUGGUAACCUAUUAAACAAGUCACCUAUGGAAGUCAAUUACGCUCCUUCAGCCACAAGUAACAACCCACCUUCCCAUAUUUUUUCUAUCCAGUCAUCAAGUGUUGGUGCAUCUAACCAUAGUGGCUUAAGUAGUGAUAACCCUCCUGUUCUUUAUGGUUUGUCAUCAAGUGUUGGUGCAUCUAACACAGAUGCAUUCCAGAUGGAGUCUUCCGGGAUUUGUAUUCCUCAGUCUGAACCUAACCCAUUUCAACCUAGCUCAUCUGUUCUUGAAAUCGAUUGGAACCAACUAGAUCUAGACUUUAUUUAUAUACCAGAGCCUUAUGUUCCUCAAGCUGAUCUGUGCAUUAUGGGAGAAAGUUAUUUUCUUCCAGAUCUAGACUUUACCAUGAACACUUUAGAAACCAAUAUGGACCAGAUAAGUUGGAGUCCAUCAACCGAUAAUAUUCGCGAUCAUGAAACCAAUAUAAACCAAAUAGGUUGUAUGGAUUGGAUUCCUACCCUAGAAAAUUAUGUUCUUCCUCAAACUGAUAUGAACAUAAAUGUUCCUGAAACCAAUAUUUCUUCAGUAGAAGGCUAUGUUGCUUCUGAAAAUAUGAUUCCCUCUGAAAUCAGUAACCAGAUGGGUAUGAGAUUUGCGGCUCCAUUGAAUGAAAAUGAGGAUGAUGAAGGUGAUUUCACCUGCAGCAGAGGAGGGCACAAGGGUAUGGGUGGAGGUUCCACAGCUACAGGUUCUGUGAAUGUUGCAUCUUCAGAAAUUCACCACAAAGAUAUAACAAAGCUGUGGCAUAAGAGCUUUGGUCGUAUAGGUGAAAAGAAGGUGCAAAUUCUGUCAGAGGAAGGUGAGAAAUUCUGUUCAUUAGAGCUCAAUCAGCUAUGCAAGGAUGAAGGAGUUGUCCAACAUCAUGCAGUUACGGAUACAUCACAACCGAAUGGUGUAUCUGAGCAGAUGAAUCAGAUGCUGCUGCGGAGAACGAAGUGCAUGUUCUCUAAUGUUGAUUCAGAAAGAAGGUUCCAAGAUGAACCUUUAACCACAGCUGCUACAGAGAACAGUAGCUUUGACAAGCAGGUGGAGUUACAGAUGCAGGUGGAUUUGUAUAUAUAUCGUGACGAGACUGAUUCUGAGCUACACGAAGAGAUUCAAGAGCUACAGACAGAAAUUGAUCUGUCAGAACUGACACCAUCUGAGAAUAUUCACCGUAGUACAUGUCAUGAUCAGCUUACAAGGAAUGAGGUUGGAUCCACAGAGAUAUAUGGCUUCGAAGAUAUGGUGGAUCAUACACUACAGGUCCGAAGGGACGUUUGGCUUGAAGGAACGUCUGAACCCGGUGAGGGUUGUUUGGCUCGAAGGAGCAUCUGA